AUGUCCGAAUCCGAAGGACGCGGUCGGGGCCACGGCACCGCCCAGCCUGGCGGACCCAAGAUCACCAGCCUCGUCAACCAUCUCAAAAGCCACAAGGGCGAAAUGUCGGACAGCUCGGACCAUAUCAUGGGAAUGAAGCCGUCCAAGGCUCUGCCUAGUACGGGUCUCAAGCGGAAUACGCAGGAGUGGAAGGAUAAUCACCCAGAGGCGGCAAGGAGGAAUUCGGAGGAGAGAGUACGUCGGGCGAGGGGAGAACAAGUCAAGGCCGAGAAGAAGGAAGGGAGGUCGAGAGCUUCCAGCUCGAGCUCGAUCCCUAGCCAGGCGACCAAGGGGGAGGAUGAGCGCACGGACGCCGAGAAGGCCCAAGCGCAGGAAGGGGCGAGGGGCAGGGGUCCAGGCGCGCACGAGGCGGAGAUCCCGCAGAAAGAAGGGUGGCUGAGCGGUCUGCUCAACUCGGCAUUUGGGACGGGUACGACCGAGGAGCCGGCCUCGCAGGAGACCUCUGACGGGACGAGGACAUGGGUCGACUCGCCUUCGUCCGAGUAUCAGCAAGGGGAGGCAUUCGCUGCUCCUCCUUCGGCUCUCGGCGGUCCUUCAGCUGGCUCUUCAUCGGCCAACAAGGAGGCGGGCUCGGACGACAAGUCGGAAAAGAAGGACGGCGGGAAGCAAAAGAAGGCGUCGGAGGAGUAUGAGGGUCGAGAUAGCGAGCGGGAGCGCAAGUUGACGGACGAGGCUGGUCGACGUCCCCAUGGGCUCCCGCCGGUCAAGAAGGAGGAGAAGCCGGGACCGAGGACGGAGAUUGUGCUUGAUCCACGGAUCAGCCAUAUGCACUACCACCAGCAACGCGAGUACACCCCCUCCGGGCUCCAAAAAGGCCCUAUCCUCAAAGUCUCCGCAGACGGCGAGUCUGAGCACCCACCCGGCGAGAGCCCCGUCCCCUCUCGUCAACCCUCAUUCGCCCCUCGUCCCUCCACAUCGGACAACGACCUGAACGCGACCUGGGAAUCCCGCUCCAAGGCCCGUCUACAGGCAUACGAGAAGGGAAUGAGUCCCAGCUCUGCCAAGGAGGAGGGGACAUGGCGGGGAGCACUGGACGGUGGCUCGGACAGCGAGACGGGCGGGGGCGGGAGUGGUCGGAAGGCGCUAGGAAAGCGGAAAGAGAGCAACACCAAGCGGUUCAGCUCUUUCCGGCACGAUCGGGCAGCCACGGAGCGCGGUAUCCACCCACACGAGGAAGAGUCGGACGGGGAUGGGGACCACGCGGCGGAUGGGGAGGACAGCGCGGACGACGAGGGCGGAGCGACACCUACCGAAGCUACCAAGCGGUGGAAUAUGCUUCGCGCGCGCGUCCUCCCUUCGCGUACGGUCACCAACCUCGGUCCUACCCCCGGCGCCAACAAGACCUCCGCCCUCGCACCGACGGUCAUUGCGUCCCUGCCUAUCACGACGGAGCUCAUGGCGGGUCAACUGCCGGUCAUGAUCCUCAAGACGUGGCUGGAUCGGGACGAGGAUGGGAAUCGGGCCGUCCCGGUCUUGCUGGGCAAUCUGAGGUUUAGGGUUGGGGAUAGUGUGGGGCUCAAGGAGGGCCAGAACUCCGGCAAGGAGAUGUUCAAGCUGGAGUGCGAGUAUGGAGAUGGGGCGGUGAGAUGGGUCAUCUACCGAGAGCUACGCGACUUCCUCACCCUCCACACCCACUACAAGGCCGCCAACAUCGGUACCUCCGUCCCCGGUAUCGCCUUCCGUACCUCCCGACACGUCGAUAUCCCCGAGUUCCCCAAAAUGACCAUUCCAUACCUCAAGAACAUGCAGGGCAGGCGAGGCGAGGAGAACAAAGGGAUGAGCAAGGCCGAGUUUGCGCAGGCGGGGAGGGACGCAUUGCAGCGGUAUUUGGUCGAGCUGAUUCGGUCUGUUAUCUUCCGACCCGAAUCCAACCGUCUCUGUAAAUUCUUCGAGCUCUCCUCCCUCACCCUCACUCUCGCUCCUCGCGGUGGAUUCCAAGGAAAGGCCGGCUAUCUCAAGAUCCCGGGUAGCAACGCCUCUCGCCGAGCCAAUCAGCCAGGUCUAACCCCGACCAGCUGGAUUGCCAACCGAAAGUCCAAGUGGCUGAUCGUCCGUGAUAGCUACUUUGUCGCUACAGACGGUCCGGAAGCUACCGAGAUCUAUGACGUCUUCAUGAUCGACGAGGACUUCACCAUUGAGCGGCCUAAACGAGUCUACCGCGCCGGUCUUCACUUCAUGACGGGCAAGACCAACCUCACGUCGCAUCGCAAGACCCAGAGCAAGGGUGCCGCCUUCGAGGAGCACGGAAUCGAUACGGAGAACCCCUUUGCCGCUGAGAUGAUCAUCAAUAAUGGGGAGGGACAAGGAGAGAAGGCGACGGCGCUGGAUGCGAAAGAUGGGGAAGAGGCGGAUGCGAGUCAUCAUACCUUCUUUAUCGUCAAUUCGCAAAGGAGGUUGAAGCUCGUCGCGAAGAGUGCGAGGCAGAUGCACCAGUUCAUCGUAUCGAUGGAACGCAUCGCCGCGCAAUGCAUCUGGGCCGGCCGAAACCGAUUCGACUCGUUCGCGCCCCUCCGCGUCAACUGCUCCGCCCAGUGGCUCGUCGACGGCCGAGACUACUUCUGGAACCUCUCGCGCGCGAUCAACAUGGCCAAGGAGAAGAUCUACAUUCACGACUGGUGGAUCUCGCCUGAGAUCUACCUCAGGCGGCCGGGGAACGAGCGGUACAGACUGGACAAUCUGCUCAAGCGCAAGGCCGAGGAGGGCGUCAAGAUCCACAUCAUCGUCUAUGCCGAGGUAUCUGACAGCUUCACCCCGGUCGACUCGACAUAUACCAAGCGCACCCUCGUCGGUCUCCACCCCAACAUCAUGGUCCAGCGCUCUCCAUCCCACUUCCAGACUGGAACAUUCUACUGGUCUCACCACGAAAAGAUGUGCGUCGUCGACGAGACUAUCGCAUUCAUGGGCGGUCUCGACCUCUGUUUCGGUCGAUGGGACACGAGUCAGCACGUCCUCACCGAUGAAGACUUUUCGGAGCCCAAUGGUCCGAACGGUCCAGUAUGGCACGGCAAGGAUUACUCGAACGAGCGGGUAGCCGAGUUUGCUCAGCUCGAUAAGCCGUGGGAGAUGAGUAUUGACCGGAGCAAGGUGCCGAGGAUGCCUUGGCACGAUGUCGGAGUCCAGAUCGUCGGUCCUCCCGCCCGCGACCUGUGUCGGCACUUUAUCCAGCGGUGGAACUUGCUCAUCCGGACUAAGAACCACAAGCGAAAGUAUCCGUUCCUACUUCCACCUCCAGACUUUGUCGACCGGGAGCUAGACGACCUCAAGCUGCGGGGAACGUGCGAAGUGCAGAUCUGCCGUAGUGUGGGGCCGUGGAGUAUGGGCACGCUCGAGAAGAUUGAACAUUCCGUCCAGAAUGCGUACAUCAAGUCUAUCGAGAUGUCGGAGCACUUUGUCUACAUCGAGAACCAGUUCUUCAUCACCUCCACGAUCGUUGACGGUAUCCCGGUCGAGAACGGUAUCGGCGACGCCAUCGUCGACCGGAUCAUCAAGGCGCACAAGCAAAAGACGGCGUGGAAGGCCUGUAUCGUCAUCCCUCUCUUGCCCGGAUAUACCUUCCCGAUCGACUCCAGCGAGGCGAGCUCGGUCCGUCUUAUUCUGGAAUGCCAGAACCGGACCAUCUCGAGAGGGACCAACAGUAUCUUUUCGAGGUUGAGGCAGGAGGGUAUUGACCCCGACGAGUACAUCACCUUCUUCUCGCUCAGGACCUGGGGCAAGUUCAAGUCGGGCGUGUUGACCACGGAGCAAGUGUAUAUCCAUGGCAAGACGAUGAUUGUGGACGAUCGACUGGUCAUCAUCGGCUCGGCCAACAUUAAUGAGCGGAGUCAGCGGGGCGACCGUGACUCGGAGCUGGUCUCUGUCAUCCGAGACACCGACAUGAUCGAUGGUACCAUGGCCGGCAAGCCAUUCAAGGUCGGCCGAUUCGCCCACACCCUCCGUAUCCGACUCAUGCGGGAACACCUCGGUAUCGACGUCGACUCGAUCGAGGAGGAUCAGCUCAUGUCCCGCGAGCCUGUUGCGGAUGAUGACGAGAUUGAGGUCUGGGACCCGGACCACGAGCAGGAGGACGGAGAAGAGCAGGCGUCGAGGGGUGUUACCAAGAUUAAGCGGAGGACGGCUGGGGAGCGAUUCGCUCGGACUGUGACCAGCGGGGUAUCGAGUGUCACCAAGGGUAUCAGCGAGAAUCUUGCCGCUCGCACGUCCAAGGUCUCCACAACCAUCACUCGUCCCAUCGCCAAUCUCGUCAGCGGCGAUACCAUUGCUCACCACAACGUCCCCGGUACCGGCGGCUAUGGCGACCAAUCCGAGCGAGAAGAUUACGAAGGCGGAAAGGCGGUCGCCGGUUUCGCCAGCUCCAUGGUUCCCACUCUCGAGGAGAAGACCAUCUUUGAGCGUCGCCCUUCCGCCACCCACACCAACGGCAAACCCCUCUUUGACAUGAUCGACGAGGAAGAGUCGUCCAGCUCUUCGGGUCAGGUCGGUCCUGCCCAGGCGGAAGUACCAGACGAGGACGCCAAGCACGGCUCGUACAUCCCCGAGAAGAAGAAGGAGGGUGGGAAGGGUGUACCGGUCGUGCAGAAGAGGGAGGACGGGCCGGAGCGAUUCGGUGCGCCUGCCAAUGCCGUAGCUGGGGAUGAGAGUGCGCCGACCAAGGGGACAGAGAGGGCGGAGAAGGGGGACAAGAAGGAGCAAGCGGCAAUUCAGGCGAGGAAGACACUGCGGAAGCACCUCAAUGCUGGAGUGGGGAUGUCACCCUGGACCAUGCCUACUCCGACACCCCUCAUCGACCCCAACAUGUUCCACGACCCCCUGGACGACCAGUUCUGGAAGAGCAUGUGGAUCGCUACUGCUGUGCACAAUACCGAGAUCUUCCGCAAAGUCUUCCGUUCUAUCCCCGACGACAUGGUCACCUCUUGGGCUCAGUACAAGGCCUUUGCCUCCCACGCCGAGAAGUUCAACAUGGCCCCCGUCGACAUUGCCGGACCCGGUACCGACGAGCCAGCCAAGGUCGUCCACCAAGGAGACGGAACGCACGGCUCGGGCGGCGGCGGUAGCGGUGGCGGCUCGCUCGGUCAAGGUCAAGGCGGAGAUGCUCGGAAGCCCGGAGACAAGCCGUCCGAGACGCGUGAAUCGGAUAUCGUCGACGGUAAGCCCCGCGAUACCCUCAGCGGUCUCACCAAUGCCAUCGCGGGUACCAACCCCGCCAGUCCGUCCCACUUUGACGCCGAAGAUAUUCCGGGCGUAUCGGCGUUCCAGCGAGCGACGGCGGGUAUGGGUGUAUCCGCGUCGGAGGGUAUGAGUGGAGGACACCCUGGGUCUGCGGCAGGACCCGGCGGGAACGGGGGUGGGAACGUGACGGGAGGUGGCGGCAAGACGAGGGGACCGCCUGCGCCUAUCAUCCAGUCGGACGCGAGUCAGGCGGCUAUGGCAGACUCGGACAAGAAGGAUAAGAAGGAGGACAAGGAGGAGUCGAGGCAGCCUAGUGCGGCGGAUCGGGCGUUCCACGAGUGGGAGAAGGAGCAGAUGGAGGAGCUGCUGAAUGAGGUCAGGGGUCAUCUCGUGAUCUAUCCUACUCGUUUCCUCGAGGCCGAGGAUGCUGCUCACAACUUCCUCUUCAACUCGGACAAGAUCAUGCCCUUGCCUAUCUUCAACUAG